AUGCAAGAGGAGUUCCAAAAAUACAAGAUAGCCAAGGUGAAAUUGAAGGGCGAUGGGGAUAACUGGCUACAAGGAGAGCAAAGGGGACGUACUCUUAGGGGUAAGGCGUCUAUUUCUACUUGGAGCAAGUUGAAGAAAAGGAUGAGGGAUCGCUUUAUUCCUCACAAUUUCAAGCAAAGUCAAUAUGUGAAGUGGAGCACUUUGCAACAAAAUGGAGAAUCGGCUGAGGACUACAUCAAAGAGUUUGACAGACUUUCUAUCGUGUGUGAAAUCACGGAGAAUGAAGAACUCAAGAUGGGACGUUUCGUGGCUGGGAAGAAGAAAAAGCCGAUUGUCACCCCUCAAGUGGCACGAAGACCAACCUUCCCUGUCAAGGAUGGUUCUUCUUUUGUCAAAGCCAACGAUCCACCUAAGAAGGAAAAGAAAGAUUUCAAAAUGAGUGACAUUGUUUGUUACAAGUGCGGAGGAAGGGGCCAUUUUAAGAAGGAUUGUCCAAAUUCCAGAGCUUUGACCAUACAAGAGGUAAAGCUUAUUGCUAAUCAAACUAUCAAUUGGGAGGAUUUCAAGGUUGAAGAAGUGGAGGACGUGAAUUCUAAUGAAGGGGACGAGGAGGAAGAACAAUGCUUCCCCGAAGAAGAGCCCAAAACAAAUCUGGUUGUGAGAAGGGCGUUGCAAGCUCGCGUUGACGAACCCUUAGCACCGCAAAGGCAACACAUUUUCAUCACCAAGUGCAAGAUUAAAGGCGAGGUAUGUGAUUUAAUUGUUGAUGGUGGUAGUGAGGCAAACACAGUUUCCAAAACCUUGAUAGCUAGACUUGGUCUUACAACGACAAAUCACCCACAUCCUUAUAAGUUGAGUUGGUUGGACUCUAAUUCUAGCACGGGAGUUAGGAAACAAUGCAUGGUUAGUUUUUCUAUUGGGUCUUAUCAUGAUACUCAACUGUGUGAUGUUGUGUCUAUGGAUGCUUGUCACAUUUUGCUUGAGAUCCACGAAAAUUUUGUGAGGCAAAAUCCCAAAUUAGCCCAGUUGAUCAAGGAUUUUGAGGAUGUUUUUCCCGAUGAGUUACCGAAAGAGUUACCACCUUUGAGGGGAAUUGAACAUCAAAUUGACCUCAUUCCGGGUGCUCCUUUGCCUAACAAACCUGCCUAUAGGUGUAAUCCCUUGGAAACUAAGGAAUUGCAACGACAAAUUGAGGAGUUGAUGAGUAUGGGGUAUGUACGUGAGUCUAUGAGUCCGUGUGCUGUUCCUGCUCUUUUGGUCCCUAAAAAGGAUGGUACAUGGCGCAUGUGUAUGAAUAGUAGGGCUUUUAACAAUAUUACUAUCAAGUAUAGGUUUCCAAUUCCAAGACUAGAUGACAUGCUUGAUGAGCUGAGUGGCUCGAAGUGGUUUUCAAAAGUGGAUUUGAGGAGUGGUUAUCAUCAAAUUCGGAUGAGGAAAGGAGAUGAAUGGAAGACCGCUUUCAAAACCAAGCACGGCUUUUAUGAGUGGCUCGUGAUGCCAUUUGGACUCACCAACGCACCUAGCACUUUCAUGAGGUUGAUGAACGAGGUGUUGCGGCCUUUCCUUGGCAAAUUCGUGGUGGUGUACCUUGAUGAUAUCCUUAUUUAUAGCAAAGAUGGGGAUGAACAUUUGAUACAUUUAUUUAAAGUUUUUACGGAGAAGGUGUGA